AUGUUUCGGAUAGAGCUAGCGUUGGCUAAAAUGGCCGCCGCCAGAAGACUGCAAAAGGAAUAUGCGGAAGUGAAGACGUCGAGUUUUCGCGGUUUCAGGAAUGUGAGUAUGGAGGAUGGAAACAUCCUCCGCUGGACUGGUCUCCUCGUACCGGAAUUCUUUCCUUACAACCAAGCAGCCUUCAGGGUAGAGAUCUUGUUCCCUAACGAGUAUCCCUUCAAGCCGCCCAAGAUCACGUUCGGCACGAAGAUAUACCAUCCCAACAUCGAUGAGCAGGGACAAGUCUGCCUACCCUUAGUCACAUCCGAGAACUGGAAACCGGCAACGAAGGCCGAGCAGGUGAUACAGGCCUUAGUGGCGCUGGUCAAUACACCUGAGCCGGAGCAUCCUUUGAGGGCGGACAUCGCGGAGGAAUACAUCAAAGACAAGAAGAAGUUCGUGAGAAAUGCUCUGGAACACACCAAAAAGUUUGGAGAGAAGCGGCCAGAAGAAUAG